AUGGAUCUCAGGAAUCAAAACCAGACCUUCUUUCAUCUUCCACCUACAGAACUGGGAUUCCCUUGGCUGCUGGUGUAUCUUCCUGUAACAAGUUGCCACGCUGUCUUGGAGGGUGAUGCUGGAACUUUUUCUCCUCCAGAUCUGAGCAGGAUUUCGGGCAACAGCUGGUGCAAUUGGACUAUCUGGGCUGGUCCUCACAAGCACAUCUUGAUUUACAUUGAAGGAUUUGAAGGGAAUUCACAAUGUGAAGAAAAUCAGGAUAAGGUCAUAUUCCAAGGAGCCUUGUCGAGUGUUGAAAGCAAAAUAACUUAUGCAUGCAGAAACCAUGGUACUUUGGUGUUUGCUGCACAGGCUGUGGCUGUCCAUAUAGUGUUUUUGUCAACAAUGUCUUCUCACAACCAUAGUCAUAAACAUUUUAAAGGACGGUAUUAUGUAUUUGAAGAUUAUGAAACUUUUACUGGUGGUGAAAGGCCAGUUGUGAAAUCUAACAGCGGUGCUGGACUUUCUCCCAACUCUGUAAUAAUGGAUUUUGCAAACACUAGCAGAAAGCUUAGCAGCGAAAAUGGGCUUCCUGCGACUAGUAAAGAGAGAUGGUGGGGAAAUGGCAAGGCUACAAGCUUAGAAUCAUUCCUAGAGCCUACAGUUUCUCUCUUGAAAACCAAAAAAAAAGUUACCUUGAAACCUCUUGAUAUAAAGAGGAUUCAUGUUGCUAAGUCAUCUAUUGUUGACAUGAGGAAUGGGAGUGAAACCUCUUCCAUCAACUUCAAUAAAACUCUAGUCUUAGAAUCAAGCAGUAUUGAGAAUGAAGAAAAAGCAGUUAUGUACAAGCCAAUUGCCUCUUCAGCCACACGACGUGUGUCCCAAAAGGUCAGAAUGGUGACAAAAUCGGUGGCAGUGAAAGGUCAUGGAACUGCCACUGAAUCUGUCACUCUUCAAAAUAGUGGGCAUAUAACCACACGCAGGGAGCCAGGAUACAUGAACAAUACUGGGAGAACAAUAUUUGGAACAUCUGCCUUGAGUGGCACUACUUUUCCACAAAUGUUCAUGGAAGAUCAGAGAACUCCAGUUUCACCUCCUAAAAGUAUCCCAGAGAAGAAGCAAGAAGAGGUUCCUCACCCACUGCAGGCUAAUUCUGAGUUCUCCAGGAAAAUCAUGGAUGAAAUGGAAUUUCAACACUUGGAACUGAAGGAAGUAUUUACAGGAGAGCAGAGGGACCAUCAAGCCUAUGGAGAAGAGAAUGGCAACAGUAAUAAGUACAUAGCAGUGACUACUGCUGCAGGGAAAAAUGAACCUCGUGGAGCAGAGCAGCUCACUACAGAAAUGCCAAACAUUCCUACAGCCAAGCCAAAAACUUAUCUGACCACUGUAGGGUACUCUAAUGUGCUGCCUGCUCCUUCACUAAGGAUGCUUAAUAGGAAACUCUUGGGCUCUACAACCACUACAGCUACAAAUUUCCAGGCUGUUCCCUCAAAGAACUCAAAAGGUACCCAAGUAGAGGCAGUUUCUACUUCGUCUCUCAACGAUCCAGUAACCAGAUACAUAGAGCGACUGCAAAAGAAGCCCACAAACCCAAAUCCUCUCUACUCACCUUCUGAUCAGGUGUCAAGUCAUAAAACUUCAUUGAAAGCAGAGAAUAAUUCCUAUGAGAGGGAUUCUGUUUUGAAGCCCCAUGACAAUAAUUUUGUACUGGAAUCAGAGCACAAUCCUGGAGAUCUUCUGUUUGAAAUAAGUUUUGGUAUAGAAAACAAAGCAUGGAGCUCUCCCAUUGGAAGUGAGUUGGAAAAAGCUCUCAUAGACUCUAUUAAGAGUCAGGUACAAGAGAAAAUGAAACUCUUCUCAAUCAAAGUCAAGGAAGUCAAGUUAAAGGAAAUUAUAAGGAAAGAAGAAACUGAUAGACAAAAUGGCCCGAACCUGAUAUUCAUGUUCUGGCUCCAUCUAACACCAGAAGAAAAGAAUAUAUCUCACUUAUUGCAUUUGCAACUGGAAGACCUUGGUGGAGCAUCUGUGGAAGAUGGCAAGGUUCAGACAGUUGUGGUGAGAGAUGUGAAUGAAUGCAGCUCUGGGAUUGGGCUAUGUGGUGACAAGGCCAUCUGUCUCAAUGGAUAUGGAACAUAUAUAUGUCAAUGUAAAGAAGGUUAUGAGGAUCGUUCUCCAAAAAAUCCAGGAACUCUGUGCUUUCAUAAUCCACGGACAGGCAUUAGCUCCUUGUUCCGCUAUACUGAGAUUCUUGUAGGUACCACGGUUUUUUUCAUCUGUGCUCUUGUAGUGGUGAUCAGUGUGCUGUGCACCAUAGUAAAAAAUAAAUUUACUAAGAAGGACUUGCACUUUCAAGAGGCUGCUUUGCCUGGGACAGCAACAUCAUUUGAUCAGAGUAACAUCCAUCCUCUCCUUAGUCUAGACCCUGGCCUGUUAAAACUCAGAGCCAAGUCGCCAGAACAGCCUUUACAACAGAGAACUAGCCCCAGUGAAACGUACAGAGUAUCUAUUGAGCAGUCUGAAUGUUUAUAAAGAAAAUGCAAUAUAAGUUACACCCCCUUUCCCCAAUUCAUAAUUAAUCUCCUUUCAUUUCUUGUUAGUGAGUAGAUGCAACUUUUUGUUACGUAGCAGUUCUUACAGAAUUUUUUUAUCACUCCUUGCCUAUUUCCC